AUGGGCACGGAACAAAAUGGUUUGGGAACUGAUAUUCCCGAUUCGGUAUGUGCGUACAACCGGAGUGUCGCCACCCACUUCUUGUACAUUCUACCUGAGAUCAUGUGCUCUUUAUCUGGAAUUGCGUCGGUGGCAGUGCUCACCUAUUCAUUCUUUCUGUACGGGUUCCGAUUACUAUUCCAUCAUAACGCUAAAGUGAGUUACCGUUAUUACACAAAAUCUUCUAGAUUAGAUGAAAUUUAAGGUACUGAUGAUAUUGCUCACAAUAUUCUGUUUGCUUUUUUCAAUGGACAUCACUUUUGUGUGCACUCGGCAAGUUUUCAAAGCGUUGACGUAUACAAACGACUGCGAUUUGGUCUUCACCACCGCCUCUUGUUCGAUUUUCAGAAGAAUUGCAUUGUAAGUCAAAAAAGAGAGAGAGAGAGAGAAAGUUUCCUAAUUAUGUGUACUUCAGAACUUGUUUUGUGGGUGUAACAACAACACAAUUUUCCCAAAUGUUUGAAAGAUUGAUUGCAACGCUUUUAAAGGAGAGAUACGAGUUUCAGACCCAAUGGCUCGGAGGAUUAUUUGUUCUGUUCUCGGUUGGUUUUUAAUAAAUAUUGUUGUCUAAACAACUUGCUUCCAGAUUCUGUCCGCAAUGCUCACAAUAGAAUGGACCCUGUGGAACGAAAAUGCUUCGGAGCCAAUGACUCACUGUCUGACCUAUUCAGCGUCCGUCUCUAUCGGCGAGAGAAUGUUCAUUGUGUUCUAUGGCAUUUUGGCCGUUGAUCUUUGCAUUCUCGUCGUUUUUCUUGGUCUUUACUGGAACAACAAGCAGAAAGUGUUGUGAGUUAUACACCCCACGUUUUGCGGGCGGAAUUUCAACGUUCCCCUCAUUUCAGAUCAGCGGGACUGAACAAAAAGUAUCAGCAACACGAGAACUUGGUGGUUUUACGAGCCCUGUUCCCGAUGGUUGUGCUGAACACGAUAUUUGUGUCCGCUUACAUCUUGCUUGCGGUGAUUGUGAGAGGAUUCCGAAAUUCUAUGACACUGACCAACUACAAAUUAUUUGCCAUCAACACAUUUGUUAGUUCAACCCCCUUUUUCACUUAGAGAUUUUAAAGUCAUGGUCGAAAUAUUUCAGAUUUUCCCCUACGUUUCUCUUCUUCUGUCAGUCACCAUCCUUCUGACCACACGCAGCGAGUUCCGUCGACGGAAACAGAGAAAAGAGGAGACGAAUGGAAAAGUGAAUUCGCAAGCGUAUUUCACCAUGUACAAUUCGCAAUGGAGUACAGUAUCGAGGGAUAAGAAGUAUUGCUGUUAG